GUCAUUGUCACUGUCGCAUUUUCAUCGACUGUUCAGUCAAGAAUUCCCUUGUGAUUUCAAAGCGCGUGUUGUGGUCAAUUUUCCCGUGAAAAACGUGAUUUUCCCAGUUUCUACCAGCCCAGUGAACAAAUUUUAGCCAGCAAUGGUGUCCAAGAACGAAGCCCCCAAGCGAAAACCGCAGGCGAGUGCUUACAAAGACAAAAGCAAACCGGCUGAUAUUCGUUUGAGCAACAUAAAUGCUGCAAAAGCUGUUUCGGAUGCCAUCCGGACGAGUUUGGGGCCCCGGGGAAUGGACAAAAUGAUCCAGGCGGGCAAUGGAGAGGUGACUAUUACCAAUGAUGGUGCAACUAUUCUCAAGCAGAUGAAUGUUUUGCAUCCGGCAGCCAAGAUGCUGGUGGAAUUGUCCAGAGCUCAGGAUAUUGAGGCUGGAGAUGGGACAACGUCCGUUGUGGUGGUGGCUGGGGCUCUGUUGGAGGCCUGUGAGAAGUUGCUGCAGAUGGGAAUGCAUCCAACGGCCAUUUCGGAUGCUUUUGAGAGGUGUGCAGAGAAGGCUGUGGAGAUUUUGAAUGAUAUGUCGAUUCCGGUGGAAAUUGGGGACCAUGAGAGUUUGGUCAAGAGUGCUAGUACUUCGUUGAACUCGAAGGUGGUGUCGCAGUACAGUGGAUUGCUGGCUCCGUUGGCGGUGGAUGCUGUACUGAAGGUUUCUGAUCCGUCCCGGAAUGACGUGGUGGAUCUCAAGGAUAUCAAGUGCAUCCGGAGCCUCGGAGGAACCAUUGAGGACACGGAGCUGGUGGAGGGACUGGUGUUUACGCAGCGAGCAGCUGGAACAAAUGGCCCCAAGAGGCUGGAAAAGGUUCGGAUUGGACUGAUUCAGUUCUGCAUCUCGCCACCGAAAACGGAUAUGGAUCACAGUGUCAUUGUGUCGGAUUAUGCCGCUAUGGAUCGUGUGCUGAAGCAGGAGAGGGAGUACAUCCUGAAUAUUGUGAAGCAGAUCAAGAAGAGCGGUUGCAAUGUUCUCCUAGUGCAGAAAUCCAUUUUGAGGGAUGCCAUUUCGGACCUGGCUCAGCACUUCCUGGACAAGAUUAAGGUGAUGGUGGUGAAGGAUAUCGAACGGGAGGACAUUGAAUUUGUCUGCAAGACACUCAAUUGCCGGCCAAUUGCGUCGUUGGAUCACUUUGUGGCGGAGAAUCUCGUGUCGGCGGAUUUGGCUGAGGAAGUGCCGAGUGGAACGAAUAAAUUUGUCAAGAUUAUGGGCAUUCAGAAUCCCGGGAAGACGGUUUCAGUGGUGCUCCGGGGCUCGAAUAAGUUGGUGCUGGAGGAGGUGGAUCGAUCUCUGCAUGAUGCACUCUGUGUGGUGAGAUGCUUGGUGAGGAAUCGCCGUCUGAUUGCCGGCGGAGGUGCUCCGGAGAUCGAAAUGGCACUGCAGUUGGCCAAUUAUGCGCAAACUCUCGUUGGCGUCGAUGCAUACUGCUUCAGGGCUUUUGCCGAGGCUCUGGAAGUGAUUCCGUCGACACUGGCUGAGAAUGCUGGACUCAAUCCCAUUUCGACGGUGACAGAGCUGAGGAAUCGUCAUGCCCAGGGCGAGAAGAAUGCAGGGAUUAAUGUGAGGAAGGGAGCUAUUACGGAUAUCCUCACGGAGAAUGUCGUUCAGCCGCUCCUGGUGUCCAUUUCAGCGAUCACGCUGUCAACGGAAACCGUGAGAUCCAUCCUCAAGAUUGACGACAUCGUCAAUACCAUCAACUAAAAAAUCCCUCAUUUUCUCCAAGUAUUUCACAUUUUAUUUUUUGUAUUUCAACAAAACCCCCAAUUCACAGCUUGUCUCCUCACAAAUUUAGCAUUCAAUAAAAUUAUUUACUAAA